CGUCCGGCUCGGCGUGCGUGCGGCCUCGCGGGGCCCUCCGCUGGCGUUGGCGCCCGGGCAGGCUGCGGAGCGAGGGCGGCCCCAGGCCCGGGUCGCGGAGCCGCGUUCCCACCCACGCGAGUUCGAAAGCGGCGUUGGACGCGAUGGAAGCGGAGAGGCGGCCGGCGCCGCACGAGGGCCUGUUUGCCGACGGGCACCUGGUCCUGUGGACGCUGUGCUCGGUGCUGCUGCCGGUGUUCAUCACCUUCUGGUGCAGCCUCCAGCGCUCGCGUCGCCAGCUGCACCGCAGGGACAUCUUCCGCAAGAGCAAGCACGGCUGGCGCGACACGGACCUGUUCAGCCAGCCCACCUACUGCUGCGUGUGCGCGCAGCACAUUCUGCUGGGCGCUUUCUGCGACUGCUGCGGGCUGCGCGUGGACGAGGGCUGCCUCAAGAAGGCCGACAAGCGCUUCCCGUGCAAGGAGAUCAUGCUCAAGAGUGACGCCAGGGCCCCGGACGCCAUGCCCCACCACUGGAUCCGAGGCAACGUGCCCCUGUGCAGCUGCUGUGUGGUCUGCAAGCAGCAGUGCGGCAGCCAGCCCAAGCUCUGCGAUUACAGGUGCAUUUGGUGUCAGAAAACAGUACAUGAUGAGUGCAUGAAAAAUAGCUUGAAGAAUGAAAAAUGUGAUUUUGGAGAAUUCAGAAACCUCAUCAUUCCCCCAAGUUAUUUGACUUCUAUCAAUCAGAUGCGUAAAGACAAAAAAACGGAUUAUGCAGUGCUAGCCUCUAAGCUUGGAAAGCAGUGGACCCCAUUAAUAAUCCUGGCCAACUCUCGUAGUGGAACUAACAUGGGAGAAGGGCUGCUGGGAGAAUUUAGGAUCCUCCUAAACCCAGUCCAGGUUUUCGAUGUGACUAAAACUCCCCCAAUCAAAGCCCUGCAGCUCUGUACUCUUCUCCCCUAUCACUCAGCCCGAGUGCUUGUUUGCGGCGGGGACGGCACAGUGGGCUGGGUCCUGGACGCAGUGGAUGAGAUGAAGAUGAAGGGACAAGAAAAGUACAUUCCACAGGUGGCGGUCCUGCCCUUGGGAACAGGCAACGAUCUGUCCAACACCCUGGGCUGGGGCACAGGGUACGCAGGGGAGAUCCCAGUCGCACAGGUCUUAAGAAACGUGAUGGAAGCAGAUGGAAUUAAACUAGACAGAUGGAAAGUUCAAGUAACAAAUAAAGGGUACUACAACUUAAGAAAACCCAAGGAAUUCACAAUGAACAACUAUUUUUCUGUUGGACCUGAUGCUCUCAUGGCUCUCAAUUUUCAUGCUCAUCGUGAGAAGGCACCAUCUCUGUUUUCUAGCAGAAUUCUUAAUAAGGCUGUUUACUUAUUCUAUGGAACCAAAGACUGUUUAGUGCAAGAAUGUAAAGAUUUGAAUAAAAAAAUUGAGCUAGAACUGGAUGGCGAGCGAGUAGAACUGCCUAACCUGGAAGGUAUUAUAGUUCUGAACAUCGGAUACUGGGGCGGUGGCUGCAGACUGUGGGAAGGGAUGGGAGACGAGACUUACCCUCUAGCCAGGCAUGACGACGGUUUGCUGGAGGUCGUUGGAGUGUACGGGUCUUUCCACUGUGCUCAGAUUCAAGUGAAACUGGCAAACCCUUUCCGAAUAGGACAAGCGCAUACGGUGCGGUUGAUUUUGAAGUGCUCGAUGAUGCCCAUGCAGGUAGAUGGGGAGCCAUGGGCCCAGGGGCCCUGCACCGUCACCAUAACUCACAAGACACACGCACUGAUGUUGUAUUUCUCGGGAGAACAGACAGAUGAUGACAUCUCCAGUACUUCAGAUCAAGAGGACAUAAAGGAAACUGAGUAGGCGGAUGAGGAAAUGAAAGAGUAAAAUCCUCACCAACAAGUAGAUACAUAGUCAUCCGGAAGUUAGAAAUUCUCUACCAACUGUUUAGUCUUAAUUUCACCAGUAGCAUAAUGGGGAUACAUUUAUGUAAAUAGCAUUUCCCAGACAGCCAAAUUUCCAGUUGUUUACAGAUGCCUGUUCCUUUUUCAGCAGAACACCCCAUUCAUAAUGCACUAACUUUAAAAAGUCACAGAAUGUUAAUUACUUGAAGGUGAAGUGUUUCUUGUGGCUUUAUGUUGGAGAAUGGGCCUUGCUCUGAGGCAUGCACCCUCAUUCCUUAUUCUUGAGCACACAUUUGAUGGACAUGUUACCCAUCCAGCAAGAUGUAGGUGGAAAAAUCAUUGCCAUCUUCUUAAUGUGUGACGCCAUAACAUUUUUAAGUAAUUAACCCACUUUUUUGAAAGGAUAUGCUUAGUGUCAAACCAGCAUGGUUAAUGCAGGGCCUCCUCCUGCAGCUUGCCCCUGACCACUUCCUGCCUCCCAGCACUGAGUGGAUCCAUAAGGAUCUAUUUCCAGGAAACCUAAAAGGACAAGUGUUAAAGACAAUACUUAAAUUUUUUGUUAUAAUUUUUAUCUUGAGAGCAUUUUCAGACCCCCAAAUGUUGUUCAGUUAAUCUUACUAAUGAACACGUUGAACUGAAAUUCAGCAUCUCAUUUAUGACCACGUGUAGCCAGCCGACAGUCACAUAGGUGAGAUGGUAAAGAUGAACAUUCAGAGCACUUUGGAUUGAAAUGUAGGGUUUCUGCGUUGGACUGUUGACCAGUUUCUCCUGAGUAAAAGACAGUAUCAACAGUUCAAAAAAAGUACUGCAGAAAAUUUGUCAUAGUAAUUGUUCAAAAAAAAGUUCAGUCAUGAUUACUAACUUCUAAAAGUCCAGUGGUCUUGUAGUAUUUUGAAGUACAGUAGUUUUUGAUAUCCAAAGUACUUAACAGAAAUUUCCCUUGGGGAAGUGGACAGAUUCCUGUGCUAAAAUGUUUGUAUUUAUUUAUUUUAAAAUGAGAGAGAUAUUUUUUUAUUUAUUUAUUUUCUUCGUUGUGGUAUACUUGUGGUUAGUGUUUACAAUACAUGGCUUUAUUUAAUAUGUUAAAUUUAUCACAUAGUCACAAUUAGAAAUGUAGCCUAUUGACUAAGUAAUUAAAACCCAUAAUUUAAUUCUCCUGACAUAUAUAUUACCCAGAUAAUCUCAUUUUCCAAAUAUAUUACUCAAUAUUUUUUAAAAAGAGGGGAAUGAAAGCACUGGCAAACAACUUUUGCAUAACUGAAAGUUUUGUUUCAUUGUUUUUAUUUGACCCUCAUUUGCCAAAAACUUAUGGAAGGGCUAGUCUCAUGGUUCACCGUUAGAGGGCGCUCUUCUGGUGUGAACCAGCCUGGUGUUUUUCUAACAAAUGGCCCAUUUUGUGGGCUUGGUGGUCUUUCAUGACAUUCAUCUCUGAAAGACUAGACUGUAUCUCCCAAAACAACAUUAAUCUUCUUUAGGGAUCCAUUUUGGAUCUGUCAUCCGUGAAUUGCCAUAAACUUAAAUUUCAUUGAUCCUCAGGCUGGGGCCAUGUUUUGAAGGAAAAAAGUAAUGAUACAGUAGUCAGUGCAUUAUAUAUAUAUAAAAUGCUUUUAUUCGGGUUAAGUUAACCUCUCUUCCAGAUCUAAACAGGAGAUGUUAAAUUCUAGUAUUGAAAGAUUUUGUGAGUAAAUCUGUUUUCACCUUUUUCAUACGCCUUUGUUGAGGUUGGUGGGAGAGUUUUAUAGAUUUUCUUUUAUGGACUGAUCAUGUUUUGAGUAUAGUGAAUUUUAUUCCUUAACUCAUGGUCAACAUUGUUACAGAAACCACAUUUUAUAAAUACACUGUUAAAUUCACUUUGCUUUAGGCUGUAAUUUAUCUAUAAUAUAAUUCUAUAAUGCUAAUUAUAGAAUCCAAGUAGUUAGUUUGGGAUAUCAGAAUUAAAAUAAUCAAAAUAACUAUUUUUUAACCGUUAAAACUAUACUCUAACCCUGAUGUUACAUUGGACUUAAAACAGGUUUAUGUAUAACACCCUUGUGUAUUUAAACAAAUUUUUUCAAUUUUCAUAAUCCAGUAAGGUUUUUUCCCCCCUACUGACCGUUCAUGAAGUUUUUCUGUUGCUUUAUUCAGUCAUUCAGACUUCAUUUUCAUUUAGGAAAGUUAUUUCUGAAUAUCAUUAUCAUAAAGUACCAUUUUAGCAAAGCCCAUUUACUUUUUAGGUACAUUUACCCAGCAUUUCAAAUAAAUGGAUAGGCACAUGUCUGGUUUUAAAUAAGGGCAGUUUACAAGGCUCAUGUUUGCAAGUUAUAUAUUAGAGUAGCAGAUGUCAACACUACCAGGGAUUCUGUACUUUCCAAAAAUAACUUGCCAUGAUAUUUUCCUGUUCAUUUUAAAGUGUCUUGACUUAAACAUAAUAGCAAAUUCUACAUUCUCAGGAAGAAAUACACGAAGUAAAGCAUAUCUCCUUGUCUGUUUUUAGAUUUCUCUCCUUUACCGUCUUAGUACAUUCCUAAUUCCUUAAACUUAGUGGCUUAAACACUGAAUACCUGGCAGCUCCUAGGGAUCCCUCCAGUAGAUGGUGAUAAUUUUCAGUGCUUUGUUAUGUUUAGCAGAAAUCAAACUGACUUGUGUUUUAAAAUACAGGUUGUCUAAUAGGGAGAUUACGUGAUCUUAAAUGAGUUUUAGGUUUUCUGUAACAAUUAGCUGUGAACUCUUAAUGUAGCUAAUGUUUAUACAAAUUUUAUAGUCAAAAUUAUUUAUUUUUAUUUUUGUAGGGUUGUCAAAACAUGUAGUAUUUGCUUUUUGAAAUAUGUUUGCCUAGAGUUGUAAAAUAUUCUGUGACUCAGAAAUUGUAAAGUCCUUUUGGCAUUGUAAAAAUUAAUACUACCAGCAUGUCAAAAGAAAAAUGGUUUGCAUUUGUAAUAUAAAGUAAAAUUGUAUUUACUGUAUAUUAUGGAAUUUUAAAUUUGCACUAAAUAGAAGACUUUAAAGGUUAUAUUAAUUUACAGAUUCACGUGGAUCCGAAUUCAUAAUUUGUACUUGUUUGGCCAAAAAGGUCAACAGAAUAGGUGAUAAUUUUGUGUGGUUUUUCCUUGAAAUGAUAAUAUUGAAGCAAGAACCAGCACUUUAUAUUCAGAAUUUUUUUUAAUUCUACCUAAUUUGGAACAAUAGAGUAUAGGUAGAUUUAUCUUAAAAAUAUCUAGGAAUUUAAAAAGAAAAAACAGUGGUGUUACUCUGUCCCAAUCUGAAUGAAGGUAUGUUCCCAGCAACAAGAUGGAAGAGGUGGUUUUGGUUUUAAAGUUUGUCCCUACUUUCUCAAAUUUUCCCUUUAGGGCCUAUCUCCUGUUUCUCAGAGUGUGAUCUACGGGUGGUCUGCAGCAUCAGAAGCCCCUGGGGAGCUGACUGACUCUGAUGCUGAAGCCCAGCCCCUGACUUGAUGAAUCAGUGUUUCAGGAGAUGGGACAUAGGCAUCUCUGGUUUUAUUCACAAGGACCUUGAGUGCUCCUGAUGCACACUGAAAAAAAAUUUUUUUAAGAUUUUACUUAUUCAUGAGAGAGACAGAGAGAGAUGCAGAGACACAGACAGAGGGAGAAGCAGGCUCCAUGCAGGGACCCUGACGUGUACUCGAUCGCGGGUCUCCAGGAUCAGGCCCCUGGCUGAAGGCGGCGCUAAACCGCUGAGCCACCAGGGCUGCCCUGAAAUUUUUAAACCUACUGGCCCAUACCGUACCUCAUGUUGGCUUCUGUUGAAUCGAUACCUUGCAGACAAAUCGAAUUAAUUGGAUGUUCUUAAAAUUGUCUAAGAAAAAUUUUAGGAAGGGAGAUUCCACUAACUGCUUUCUCCCCCCACCCCAAAUCAUUCUUCUAAAGGAAUUCUAUGAACAGUUUGUUCAUAUCCUAUCCAAAUUAAUCUAUCCGACUGCUUAAAAAUUGGUAGCCUCAGAUCCUUCUAUGGAAAUCGGUUUUGGACUGUGAUCCAUGGAAGCUUAGAGCACAAGCAGUGCUCAGGGAUCAGUGGAGUAGACCCCCUCGGAGCUCCUGCUUUCUCUCUUCAUUCGGCACAGCCCCCUGCUGGAUGCUGCUUAAAAUAAGUUUCCGUAGAUAAAAUCCUUCCUCUUCUUGAAAAAAAGGAUUCCACUGUAUUUUUUUUUAAGGGUUUAGAAGCCACUACUCUGAUGACUUUUGUCACCUGGUUAAUUUUCUGCUGAUUUGUAUAUAUUCAGAAACCUCAUGUUUUUGGUGAAAAAUAUUUUGGAGGUCUUGGUUGCUGCUUGGAAUAUGACAACUUGGCUAUUUCAAAGUUUUAAAGGCAUUUUGUUGAAUAGUAAAGCACUGGCUUAACCUCUGUUCCUCAUGUUUCUAAUUUUAGUGAAGAAAUGGUCUGAGAAUCCAGUUAAUUUUAGUUCUGACAGUGUGCACGUGUGUGCGCGCGCACACACACACACACUUACUCCCAAGGCCCUGACUGUAGUCUGUGUGUGAGGCUCACAGGAAUAUCAAAAAGGUACGUUCCAGGGAUCUGGAGAAAGAAUCCAAAAAUGUCACUGUCUCAUACAGAAGUUCACAAAACUUAAAUGAUUGAAGUUAGUCAUCUCCAGAAACAUGUGAAGAAAGUGAGUCACCUAGAAGCUGCAGUUUCAAGCACAUUGUUGACACCAGACACUUCCUCAGUUUCUGCUGGGGCCUGGGCUGCCUCCCCAUGAAAGGGAAGCGUGCAUACACACUGAGCAGGAUAGACCAUAGAAGUUGCCACAGUGUGGUGCUUUUUGGUGACCAGUGUGGGGAGUUGAAGAGGAGAGCUGGGAAGUUAGAUUGCUGUCCUUGUUCCCCUCACACUGUCCAGGCUAACAGGGCAUCUGACGGAUGUGAUCCGUCAGAUGCCCAGACCAUGCCAUGUAUGAGAACAUUCCUGCUGGAAGGGCAGCCGUGCUAGUGUCAGAGGACGGUGGCUCAUCAGAACAUUUGAUCUUGUUCCUCUAGUUCUGGGCCUGGCAGUCUCUCUGUAGAAUGGUUGGCUUGAACGAGCCCUACAGAUAGGGCGCACUCUGGUUUGUAAUUCUAUUUUAUACAAGUCUAGAGCAGCCUGGAUCCUUGGCCCUGAUCAACUGGCAGGUAAGCUGGCGGCACUUGCUCUCGGAGCCCAGAGCGUCAGCACUUGGGAUGGCCCCGCUGACACAGCCCACUGGCCCUGUGCACUUUCUCCCCCACCCCCGGCCCCAGGGCCACAGACCUACCACUUAACUACCCUGCUGUACUUGCCUUUGUUGCAUUUGCUCUGUAUUGUGGUCGAUGCCUACAGACAGAGAAAUGGAAUUAAAGCAUUUGAUAUGUUGAAAACGUUUGCUUGUUUUUUAAUAAAAUUUAAAGUUCACUCCAAAAA